CUUGCUUCCCCUAUCCCAAAGCCUUACCUUGUUGUAGUCACCCCUAAUAAAACUCUCAACACUCAUAGAGCCUCGCCACCACUUCCAACUUUCCGAAUCCUCGGCCCCUCCGUUCGAUCCUUGUCUCGUUCCCUGAACCCGUCUCGCGGGUCCAGGCGCCAUGUCUGCCGCCAUCCGCCGAGCACUCCUCCACUCCCGCCGAGUCCGCCCAGCGUCUUCGCCGCUAUGUAGACCUACUCUCCCACACUCCUCCACACCUCGCGACCUCUCACCGUUCGAUGGCACCCGCCCGCUGCAUCAGAGUCACCUGUGUGGAACGGCGAAGGCGACGGCAUCGCAGUCGGUGGCGGCGCGCAUGGUGGAGAAGCGGCAGCAGGAGCGCAGGGAGAACGCCGUGCUGCUCUCCAUGCUCGCCGUGGGCCUCUCCAUCUCCGGCUACUUCUACUACACCUCACAAAUCCGCCCCUACUCCCACUCCUCUCCCAUCACCGCCUUUCCCCUCACACCCUCCACGCGCCUCCCCCCUGCUCCUGGCCCACAGUCGGAGGAGAUGACUGGUGGGGGCAACAAGCCAUAGAAGGUAGUACCUUGGCUUCAUUCGCCCCAGCAAUUCACGGCACACCUGAACACGGGUAGCUCGUAGUGCACGCUUGCUCCUUUGCUGGAAAUGAUAAAAUGACUUACGGCUAUUCUCAGCCCAACACUCUCGAUGGAGGAGUCUGACAUAGCUGUCCACAACACGGGCCUUGGCUUGGCUUGGCAGUACUUUGGGACGAGAGGAGGGGGGUGGGGGGCAGGGACUUAAGAUAAUUGUGUAGCCUUAUAGUUGAAUUGGUUGUUGGCUUGCAUUACAUUGAUGUAAU